GGCGCAGCUCGCGAAUUGUUGUGCAGUCAAGAGCUCCAUCAGAGCGACCAGUUGCUCGCUCUCGCACCCCCUCCCUCUCUACUCUCUCUCUCUCUCUCUCAACGGGCACAGACGGGUACCAGUCACCAUGGCGUCCAAGGAAGAGGCCUUGCGCCAGUAUCGCCACAAGCUGGUCGAACACAAGCAACUCUCGGCUCGCCUCAAACAGAAGCGCGAGUCUGCCAAAGAUUUGCGUGCCAAGUAUGAAAAGUCGGAGGAUGACCUGCAAGCCCUGCAAUCCGUAGGCCAGAUUAUCGGUGAGGUCCUCAAGCAGCUGACCGAGGAAAAAUUCAUCGUCAAGGCUUCGAGCGGUCCCCGCUACGUCGUCGCCUGUCGCCGUGGUCUUGACCGCGCCAAGCUCAAGCCCACGACUCGCGUUACCCUGGACAUGACCACCUUGACCAUCAUGCGCAUUCUGCCUCGUGAGGUGGACCCCAUGGUCUACAACAUGUCUCAUGAAGACCCGGGCGCCGUCGCGUACUCGUCCGUUGGUGGCCUGUCCCAGCAGCUUCGCGAACUUCGCGAGGUCAUUGAACUUCCGCUCAAAAACCCCGAGCUUUUCAUCCGGAUCGGAAUCAAGCCCCCCAAGGGCUGUCUUCUUUAUGGACCGCCCGGUACGGGCAAAACUCUGCUGGCCCGUGCCGUUGCCAGCAAUGUCGAUGCCAAUUUCCUCAAGGUCGUCUCCAGUGCCAUUGUUGACAAGUACAUUGGUGAAUCAGCCCGCCUCAUCCGCGAGAUGUUUGGCUAUGCGCGUGACCACGAGCCUUGCAUUAUUUUCAUGGACGAGAUUGAUGCUAUCGGUGGCCGCCGCUUUUCCGAAGGCACUUCGGCAGAUCGUGAAAUUCAGCGCACUCUCAUGGAGUUGUUGAACCAAAUGGACGGCUUUGACGUGCUUGGCAAAGUUAAGAUGAUUAUGGCAACCAACCGCCCCGACACCCUUGACCCGGCCCUGAUGCGCCCCGGUCGAUUGGACCGCAAGAUUGAAAUUGGUCUGCCCAACGAGCAGGCCCGCUUGGACAUUUUGAAGAUCCACGCGCAACCCAUUGCCAAGGCCGGCGACAUUGAUUAUGAAGCCGUGGUCAAACUGUCGGAUGGCUUCAACGGUGCCGACUUGCGUAACGUCUGCACCGAGGCCGGCAUGUUUGCGCUGCGGGCGGAGCGUGACUACACAUUGAGCGAGGACUUUAUGAAGGCCGUGCGCAAAGUGGCCGACUCGAAGAAGCUCGAGAGCAAGCUUGAGUAUAAAAAGAUCUAAGCACUGCUUACUGCACUUCCCCAUCCCAUCCUGGUUGUUCCAUGUCGCUUCCUUGCCUGGUGUUGUCUCGUUUGGUUGUAAACAAUAGAAAAGUG